CACAAAAAGAGAGAGAGAGAGAGUGAAGGUGACUUAUCCCUAUGAUCCGCCCAGUAUCAGCACGCGCGAAUUUCAAUUUUGCUUGGGAGGCUCGAAAUUAGGGUUUUUGAUUCACUCAGCUUCUGCAGAAUGUCUUCCAAUCCUGAAAGCUCUCCUCAGUUUGACAUAUCACAGCAUGAAAAGGAUAAAUUGGUAGGGGAAGUGAUCCGUUACAUCCUGUUCAAAACCGAGCAAAAUUCAGGCUGCCCGAUUAGAAGGGAGGAACUGACUCAGUUGAUUACGGGUAAAGGGUAUAAGAUGAAAAAUUUUCCUUCUUUUGUAAUCGAUGAGGCCAAAGUGAAACUCUCUUCAAUCUUCGGGUACGAAAUGAGAGAACUUCAGCGUUCUCGGCCUUCGGCGGCAGCCAAUCCAGGCCGUGCUUCGCAAUCACAACAGUCUGUUGGUGACGCAAAAUCGUAUAUAAUCAUAAGUAAGCUGCCUUCUGAUGUCUAUGGAAAACAUGUAGAAGAUAAGAGUUCAGCACAUAUGUCAGGUUUAACUUUUGUUGUAAUUGGGAUAAUUCAUCUAGCGGGAGGCAGAAUUACUGAAGAAAAUCUUUGGCAUCAUCUAAAGCGCUUGGGAUUGCAUGAAAAUGAGGAAAACCAUCCUCUUUUUUCAAGUACCAAACUGGCGUUAGAAGCUCUUGUCCAGCAAAGAUAUUUGCAGAAAGAAAAAGUUACUGGUCCCGAAGGCAACACAGUGUAUUAUGAGCUUGCUGAGAGAGCUCUAGAUGCGCCUAUCUACGACAAAAUCAAAGACUAUGUAGUUCAGAUGGUGCAAAAAGAUGCGACAUCCUUGGAAACUGAUUAGAUAUCUCCUUUUGCUCGGGCUGUACAUUGGACAACUCGAGUUGGGGCUCGAAUGGGGAUAGAGGCGAAAAGUAGCGAUCAACCAUGUCUUGAGACACCUGCUCCAGUCUUGGAGGAUCCCACUGCAUAGAAUUGCAGUGAAUGAGAAAGAAGUGAAACAAAAAUCUCUCAAGAAAUUGAUUCUAGUUUUACCUUGGGAGAAUAGUCUUUAUCUACUAGUUUUGCUCGAAUGCCCUGAGAAACGGGGCAAGGGCAUAAGUGGAUGAAGAGAGCAAACAACAUUUUUCCAGAAAACACUGUGUUUAUAUACCUCAUAGAAGUCAGUUGAAAUCUGUUUGGACAGUGCUUGCACAGUCAUUGUGUAUUCUCGAACGAGGCAUUGCUCGAGUGUCUGGGACCUUCCUAGCCGUAUCUAUAUAUAUAUAUAUAAAAGCUCAAUCACUUUAAAAAAUACUCCCUCCGUCCUAUUAUUAGAAAUAAUUUUUUUGUUUCUAUUAUUUUUUUCAUUUCGUCUGCACUAGAUUAUACAUGUAUUUUUUUUAUUUUAAUUUUUUCUAUUGAUACAAUUUAUCACAUUUUCAUAGCUUU